AUGUACCCCCCGGCGCGACAUCCGCAGCCGGGACCAGCCGUUCACAUUCACCGUCACCGAGUCCUGCGACCGCAUCAAGGAGGAGUUCCAGUUUCUACAAGCCCACACCAUCAACACCAUCCACACCAUCAACACCAUGGUCAGAUCAACACCAUCAACACCAUCAGCACAGUCAACACCAUCAACACCAUCUACACCAUCAACACCAUCAACACCAUCAACACCAUCAACACCAUCUACACCAUCUACACCAGGGGUGCUCAAUACGUCGAUCGCGACUACCAGUUCGCAAAGGCCGCCAACACCCUCAACACCAUCAACUCUUCGUCAACACCACCAUCCAACACCAUCAACUCCGUCAACACCAUCGGCCCUGAUUGCUCCAAACAGAACUUGUCCAAAGAGCCCGUCCCCCCCAGCUCCUCCAUGAACAUGCCCCAGUCCUUCGGGACCCCCAUGGGCUUCUCUCUGUCCGAGACCAUGUCCUUGGCCUCGUUCCCCGCUCUGGUCCAGAACUCCAGCCUCAGACCGGCCCUCGAGAACAGCGUGGUCUACCUGGCCCCGGACUCGGACCCCAACCGGUGCUGGCCCAUCCGCCCCACGCUGCGCAACGAGCUUGACACCUUUUCGGUUCAUUUCUACGUCUUCUUCGGUCCAAACAUCUCGGUGCCGCCGGAUCGAGCCGCGGUGUUCGCCAUCAACCUGAUGCCGGUGCUGGACAGCGGAGGCGUCCUGAACAUGGAGCUCAAACUCAACAUGAUGGUUAAGAAGAAGAAGCGGCAGAAGCAGGAGAAUGAGAAGAAGGAGAAGAAGGAGAAGGAGAAGAAGGAGAAUGAGAAGAAGGAGAAUGAGAAGAAGGAGAAGAAGGAGAAGAAGGAGAAGGAGAAGAAGGAGAAUGAGAAGAAGGAGAAUGAGAAGAAGGAGAAGAAGGAGAAUGAGAAGGAGAAGGAGAAGGAGAAUGAGAAGGAGAAGGAGAAGAAGAAGGAGAAGAUGAAGGAGAAGAAGGAGCAGAAGAAGGAGAAUGAGAUGGAGAAGGAGUAG